GUAUCAUAUUGUCUUUUGAUAUUAUAAUCUUCCAAUUUCAUCUAUAUAAAUACAUAACAUUUUUUACAUCUCAUACAAAACAAAUCAAAAGGGGUUUCUUUUUCUUUUCUCCUUUAUUUUUUCCACCCUUAAAAACAGUAAUGAUUUUCUCGUUAAGGGUAUCGUUGUUGGAAGAAUCUGGGUAGUUGUUUUUGUUUGUGUAUGUGGAGAAAAGGGUAGUUAUUAGAAAAAAAGAAAAAAAAGGAAAAAAAGAACAAAUAAAACCAUUCUCCUUCUUCUAUUGAGAGAGAAAAAUGGGAGUCCAUUGAUUUGGUCUUGAAAACUUGUGUUUGUUUUUUGGGGUUAAGAUUUUCUUUGCAUUUUAGUUUCGUGCUUUUUGGGGAGAGGGGCAAAUUUUUGUGUUCUCUCUCUAUUUUUCUCUUCUUUUUCCCCCCCUUAUGUCUCAACAGAGGCAAUUUCAUAACAUUAGUAGCAGCAACAAUAACAGCAGCCUUAGCCUUGGAGGCCAAUACAAUGACACUACUUUCACCAAAAUUUUUGUUGGAGGUUUGGCUUGGGAGACUCAAAGACAUACCAUGAGAAGGUAUUUUGAACAAUUUGGUGAAAUUUUGGAAGCUGUUGUUAUUACUGAUAAAAACACUGGCAGAUCCAAGGGUUAUGGCUUUGUUACAUUUAAGGAUCCUGAUGCUGCCAUUAGAGCUUGUCAAAACCCUUCUCCUGUUAUUGAUGGAAGAAGGGCUAAUUGCAAUCUUGCUUCUCUUGGUGCUCAUAAGCCUCAUCCUCCUACUCCUCAACAUGGUGUUGGUGGAAGAUUUAGAGGUGCAUCUGGGAUUGUGACACCUCCUGCUUAUCAUGUUUCUUCAUCAUCUUAUAUUCAUCAGCCCACUAGUCAAUACUCAUUCCCUCUUUCAGGAUAUGGGUUUGCUGGAUAUUCACAAGACAGAAUUUAUCCAUUGAACUAUUACGGUGUUUACGGGGGCCAACAAUUUUCUCCUUAUUACUCUGCGAAUGGGAUUUCGGGACCGGCUGGAAUGUUUCAAAAUCUUUAUCCGUAUUACGCUCAAAGUAGCCAGGGGUACGGGUUUGGAAUACAGUAUCCACACCUAAUGCAGUACCCAUAUCUUCCUCAGCAGCACGGUUCGACUGGUAUCCUAUCACUUCCUGGCUCGAACGCAAUAGGAACGACAACUACAGGUGCAAUAGCAACAACGAUAAUGGGGGUUGGAUCGGGGCCUUCACAAGCUUCUUCUGCAGUAGCAUCUGAACCGAAUUCGUCCGAGUUAAUUUCAACUGGAUGAUGUUAAUUUCCUCUUUAUCACACGCUAACCACAAAGACAAAGCUUGGAAUACAAAAACGUCUGAGGAAAUACUGAAUAACAAUGGCAAGUUUUUAAGUCGUGUGAUUCGAUAAGAAGGAUGAGAAAAAGAAAUCCAUGUUCCAGCAUCAUCGAGUCGUUCGUUUAAAGUCGGUAACAAGCAUUCCAGAGACAAUACAAAGUUGAUUCAGUAAACAUCAUAUCCAUCUCUAUCAACAUUAUUUAUGUUUGGUCCAAUGUAUUUGAGAGGAGUCUGUCAAGUAGUUUGUUAGAAUUAGGUGAAGAAUUUUAUUCAUUCAUGUAUUAAAAAAAAGCGAAAGAUGGGGGAACCGAAAGAAGGCUUUGGAUUCCUGUCUUUCAUUCUGACUGCAACAAGACGAUCGUGUCGUGGAAGCACGGAGCAUCCUAUGACACACUCUUGUUUAUAUAAUUAACAGUGAAUGGUUCAAAAGAUUGAUUUUAUGUCUUUUGAGCUUCACAAUUUCUGGUUGGUCAACAUGGAAAAAAAGCAAGCUCCAAAAGCUUAGCUGGUUUGAUGUUGUAAUUGAUGGAUCUUCCUUUGAUUAAAAUACUUUUGAAAGGGUUGGAUUAGUUAGAAA